AUGACAGAGCUGAGGAGUCGCAGGUUCUGGCGUUCAGUCUUAGCAGAGCUGCUCGGCUCACUGAUCUUGGUCUCAGUUAUCCUGGGAGCCUCUGCCCCUGGGCAGGAAGGUGGAGCUUCGGACCUGAUGCAGGUGGCUGUGGCUGCUGGCUUUUCAGCACUCAGCCUGAUCCACUGCUUUGGAGAAAUCAGCGGCGCGCAGAUGAACCCAGCUGUCACCCUCGCAUUCCUGUGCACCAGGAAACUGGACUUCCUCCAGUUUGUGUUCUACCUUCUGGCGCAGUGCCUCGGCGCAGUGAUUGGAUCAGGGAUCAUCUACAUGUCACUCCCAGCCAAGUCAACAUCAAGACUUUUAGUCAACAUGAUCAACAAAGAUGGAAAUGCAGGCCAAGCACUGGUGAUGGAGAUUUUUGCCACGUUCCAGCUGGUUUUCACAAUAUUUGCUGUGGAUGAUCAUCGACGCAGGGAAGUGGGAGAGCCUGGAAAUUUGGCAAUAGCCUUUAGUCUGACAACUGGAAUCCUGGCAUCGGGAAAGUUCUCAGGAGGCAGCCUGAAUCCUGCGAGAUCACUUGGACCAGCUGUAAUCACCGGAUUCUGGGAGCAUCACUGGGUGUACUGGAUCGGCCCCAUUCUUGGUGCUGUUCUCGGUGGUAUUUCUUACGAGUUCUGUUUUGCCUCCAGUGCCUCCCAAGAGAAGCUCAUUGCCUGUAUCACCUGCAAAGAUAUUGAGAUUGUGGAAACGGCCAGUGUGUCACGUUCAUCAUUGCUGACAGUCACCCAGUCCGCAAUGCGAGUGAAACCAACGGCAAAAGUGCAGGACCACAGUUAAAAUGAACAUGAUACAUCUGUCUCCUUACUUAUGUUAGUAGCCUGACUUUAAAGGGAUUGUUUUUGUGACUCUAUACUAGAGAUGUGGUUGGCCACAAAUAUUAGUAAAUGAAGAUAUAUUAGAGUUAGCACCUGUGACAUUCCAUAGAUGAGAGCACUAGCUAGUGUGGUACUAGUUUAUACAGACCAGAAAGUUGUAAACCAAAUACUCUGACAAGUGCGGACUUAGAUAAUCUCACCAGAUCAGCAGUUGGGGAAUAAUGUUAGUGUCAGGGUUUUGGGAAGACAUAAGAGAUGAUGGCACAGUAGUUAAAUUGUUAUGGUCAUUAUGCAGAAGCCUAAAGUACCGAUCCAAAGAUAUGAAUUCAAUUUCCACCAUCAUGGUAAUUGAAUUAUUUGCUAAUGUCAACAAUAAUGGCACAAACCCCAUUUUGU